UUUCAAAGGACAUGGCUUUAACCACAAUGCUCCUUAUGGUAUUUUUGUCUUGCGCUUCCUCGAAGGCGUCACUUCGCUUCCUCCCCUCAGGCUACACCUUGGUUGUUACCGCUACGACACCCUUAUUUUAUUUGCGUUUCCAACGGCUUGGCUACAUAUAAAAUCGCCUUCCGUAACGAUUGGUCGCAGUCUAGGAUUGCGCCGGGGUCGCCUUGGUCCGGCGCGCUGGUUUGGGCGGGAACCGCGAUUGCCGAAGCACGCCAUGGAGGGGAGGCGGAAUGGCGCGCUAGCGGAGAACGGCGGGCGAUACCCGAGCAAGAGGCGGCCCAACGGGAUCCUCGGGUCGGAGGAUGCUGUGUCCUACCACCAUGUGGGUCAGCGAAUGCAGGAUAUCACUGGUGAUGGAGGAGUCCUGAAGGAGAUUAUCCGAGCUGGCUAUGGUGAAGUGGUUCCUCAGGAUGCAUCAGUAUUAGUGAAAUUUUCGGGCUACUUGGAACACAUGGACAGACCUUUUGACACAAACUGCUUCAGGAAGAAUCCCAAACUCAUGAAACUUGGCAAAGACAUUACCCUUCGAGGUAUGGAGGCUGGACUUCUGACGAUGAAGAAAGGAGAGCUGGCGCGAUACCUGUUCAAGCCCAGUUAUGCCUUUGGAGCUCUGGGCUGCCCUCCAUUGAUCCCUCCCAAUGCUACAGUCAUGUUUGAAAUUGAGCUUUUGGACUUUCUGGAUUCAGAGGAAUGUGAUCAGUUCUUUAACAUGAGUACUGAGCAGCAGGGAACAUUUCCACUGCAGAAGGUGUUGAAAAUAGCAGCAACAGAGCGGGAAUUUGGCAAUUACCUUUUCCGCCAGAAUCACUUUAAGGAGGCUAAAAAGAGAUACAAGCGAGCUUCUUCAGUCUUAAACCAUUUGAAUGCCAAAGAAGAUGAACAAGUGAAAGUAGAUGCUGCCAAGCUUCUGAUCUUUCUGAACUUAUCCUUUACUUAUUUAAAGCUGGAAUGCCCAGCCCGAGCACUUGCCUAUGGGGAGAAAGCCUUAGAGAUUGAUGAGAAGAAUGCCAAAGCACUCUUCAGGUGUGGCCAGGCAUGCCUCUCUCUAGCAGAAUAUGAGAGAGCUCGAGAUUUUCUGGUCAAAGCUCAGAAAGCACAGCCUUUCAACCAUGAUAUUAACAAUGAGUUGAAAAAGCUGGCCAGCUGCUACGGAGAUUACAUGAUGAAGGAGAAAGAAAUGUGCUGCCGGAUGUUCAGUUCUCUCAGGUGUCCUUCAGCAGAAGAAGACUUGAAGAAGGGCAGAGAGAAGAAUCCUGCUUUGAACUCUCAGCACUGAGAAGAUUGCAGUUUUUUUGUACACACAGGUGAACUAUUUGUCGAAAUGUUGUUCCCUAUUACUGAAAUGGAAACUUUGGUUGAAAACAUUCCUCAUCGUUAUCCUUUCUUUGAAGGUAACCCAGUCCACCUUUAACCAGGCACAGGUAACCAUUUACUUUAUUUAGAGACAUUGUUUUCCGGCUGUUUUUCAGGAGAUUGUGCCAUGAUGGUCAGUGUUUAUCAAGUGGCCAUGAUGUUUUGCAUUUAUUGAAGAAUGUUCUUGGUGAUGUUAUGUUGCUGGUUAUACAAAAGGCAUUUGCUUUUGAAGAAAUAUUGGCAUGCCUGGUGUUUUCAUUGUACAAGGACAGUCUUUUGUUGCUUGGGAUAGAGGUUAAGAGACACUGAUUCAUGUUACUAUGCAAACUUGGGUGUUUCUGCCUAGGAUGUGAUGUAGCGUUUCUCUAUUGCUGACAGCAGAUUAUUAUAAAUGCUGUUGAUCUUCAAGCUGGUAUAUUGAACCAAUAAUGAAACUGUGCUGCUACCACAACUGCACUGUACUAGCAGCACUCCUAUUAUUUUCAUGUUAAGAUAUAAAAAGAGAAGAUUGGAGAAACUGAAAGCCAGGAGAAAAGCAUGUAUGUGAGCAGAGAGAGAGAUAAACAUGAUGCAAAAAUGGUUCCAUGAUGAAGGAUUUCAGCUGAAAGUGGGUCCUUGGUUUGAAAAGGUGGAAAAUCCACAGACAGAGUGAUUAAGAUCAAACCACAGAUUCUCUGAUUCAAAUAUUUUCCAGCCUGAGACCACAUUUCUCCAUCUUUCCCCAUCAUUUGCAUUGUGGGAAUGAUAAAUUUACUAUAAAGUUGUUGGGAGAGGGCAUGUUUUUGUUUGAACACCAAAAAAAUAUAACAGAGGAUGUCAAAAUCAGUGCUCUGAUGAAGUCUAGAAGUUUUUUUCCUUUGGAUAAAGAUGGGCUUGUAGGAUUCUUUUCCGUGGGGUAACAUGGAAGACUAUGCUUUCCUUUUAUUUAUUUUUUUCAAACAGCCUUAAUGUUAUCUGUGUUAUGAAGCCUAACAUCCAAUAUGUCCUCAAAAUCUGUAUUUUGCAGUAGUGCCACUCCAAACGUUGUGACCAAUGUAUUGCUUACAAUUCAUAAUAAAAUAACAGUGUAGC